AUGAAUCCCAGCCUCCCCCUCCCCCCACUCUACGGCAUCGACAUUCCAUAUGUCUUCGAGUGUUGUCACUACUUCUUGAUAGAUAUGGAUUACGCCCUUAACAUUCCCAGUUCUAUGACGCAUAGCAUCGCAUUUGAAGCUGAAUUGAGCAGCUAG